AAUUGCUCUGAGAAAGGGACAGGAAGUCUCAGGGUUGGACAGCAGAGCAGCAAAAUCAUUCAGCAGGAACAGCCUAGGAGGCAGUUCUGGCUGAAGGCUCCCCAGAGGUGAGCUGACCCACCAGCCACAACACCCAAGACUGGGCGGCAAGAACAGAACCAUCAGCAUCAUGUUAUUGCAGCCCAAGACCAAGAAAGCCUUUGACGCCUUCACUCUGAAGGGCAUCAUUAUCCCCCACGGAGAGAAACCUGGACACAGCUACCAAAAGGAAAACCUGCAGGAAGGUCUGCAAAAAGAAGCCACAGUUCUUGGAAUUAUCCAGAUUCUGUGUUGCCUGAUGAUUUCAAGUAUGGGGGCCAUUCUGGUUUCUGCUCCCUAUUCCCCCCACUUCAAGCCAGCAGUUUCCACCGUUCUGAUGUCUGAGUACCCAUUUGUAGGAGCUGUGUGUUUUGCCAUUACUGGAUCUCUCUCAAUUAUCUCUGGGAAAAAAGCAGCUAAGCCCUUUGCCAUGAGCAGCCUGAUCACAAAUGCAGUGAGUGCUGUUGUCGCUGGAGUGGGCCUCUUCCUCCUCACUGACAGCCUCGUAGCCCUCUGGACUGCCUCUCAGCAGUGUGGCUCAGAAAAGGACUCUCUAUCCUUACUGCCUUAUUCGGGGUAUUAUUAUUCAACACACGAAGUCAAGGACUGUGUCCUGGCCAGUGUCAGUCUAAUAGGUGUGCUGGUGGUGAUGUUUAUCUUCACUGUGCUGGAGCUCUUACAAGCUGCAUUCACUUUUGUCCUUUGGUGGAAACAGGUCUACUCUAACAACCCUGGCAGUGCAUUUCCCUUGCUUCAGUCACAAGAUCAUAUACAACAUGUCAAAAAGAAUUCUACAAGGUCAUGGAUAUGAGUAAUUCUUGGCUUUGGAAGAAAAAGGAGCAACUCAGUGAUUAUGAUAAAGUGUGAUUAGACCUUCCUGACAUGUCACCUACUUUAGAUACUGAAGGAAACUUUCCAAAAUAGCUUUUGUUUCACACUUGCUCACUAUGAGUAAGUUUAUUGCUAUUGAAAAUAAUUUCCCAAAAGCCCACAUUAGUAAAAUAUUAUUAGUGAGUCUUCCAAGAUGGCCAUAAACUUUAUAAACUUCUCUGGGUAAACUAUCAGAAAAUGAUUUAUCUAUCUAUAAAUAAGAGGAGAAAAUGUGUACUCUAUGUUCCUAUGACCUAGCUAAGUUGUGGGGCCAUGCAGGCCCUGUUUCUGCAUUAUUGUCACAUUUAUAUUGCAUUAGGAUUAGAUAUGAGGGAUUGCAAGAAUAUUUUCAUUAAAAAUAUUUUUUAAAUUUAUGACUCCAUUUCUGUCAAUUGAAGGAACUGAAUUUUUGUCAAUUAAAUAUGGCUUAAUAUUCUAUCUCAUUUAAUGACUUUAUUCUUAAAUAUCUGGAUUCAAAGAUUAAAAUUAACCACAAUGCUCUCUCUGCCAUCUCAGUUUAGACCAAAUGAGUUAUUAGACAUAUAAAAAUAAUAUCAAAUUUAUUCCUGUAUUGGAAUAAAGAGCACACAACCUACCCAAUAAAGAGGUUCCUAAUAUUGCCCCCUGGGUCUAAGCCUUGGGUCCUAUGCCAGAGGGGAAUGUGUAACAGAAACAAAUAUGUAUAUUUUCCAAAUGACAUGUACAGAAAUAGUCAUACAAGUAUAUAUAACAGUCCCCAAAAGGAAACUACCCUAAAUGCCUAUAAACAGUAGAAGAGACAAGUAAGACUUGUAGCAUAUUCAGACAAUGGCAUAGUGAGUGGACAGACUACAAUUACAUGCAGCCAUAGAGAUAAAUCCCACAAGCAUAAUGUUCAGGGGGUAAAUAGUCGUGUAUUAAAAAUGCACAUGCUCUGUGAUUCCAUAUACAUAAAGUAGAGUUUAAACACAAGCAAAAUAUAUAGUAUCAGAAUCAGGAUAGCAAUUACCUUUGGGGGUGGUGACUGGAAGGGACCCAGAAGGCCUAAAAGUUCCUGGAAAUAUUCUUUUCCUUGAUCUGGAUGCUGUUACUGCAUAUAGAUGACUUCUGUUCUCUUGGUUCUAUGUUAUAAUUGAAUAAAAACGUUUUUUUAAAAAGUUA